AUGUCGGACCAGUUGCUAAGUCACCCCCAAAAGUUAUACUCCACCAUCGAGACAACUCUCUAUGACGAUGUUUCAGGACCACGGGGUUACUCCGAGCCUAUUCUGACCCCAUUCUUCAUCCCGCAAUCCGAGAGCGCUCAUGGCUGUCUACGGGUAAACGUCCUAGCCGGUACUGAUCUGGAGACGACAUUGGGUGUGGGACAAACGCCUUUUCUAUAUGCUAUUGGGCUGCUCCACAAAGCCAAGCGACUUGGUACAAUCGUUGGUAGUCAAGAGGGGCUUCUUUUCACUAUUUUUGAUAUAUACUCAAGGCCGGCGCUCUAUGACACAAUCAAUCCAUUGGAUCCCCUCCUGUUCGCGCGUGCCACGGCCUCUCUUGACGAACAAAGGAAGUUCUACAACAGAGUCUGGAGGCUGUAUAUGCACUCCGAUCGCUACAUUCUCGUCUUUGCCAUCGGCCAGCGUAGAAAGUUGAGACUAGUUAUGCCGGACUUUAUCUAUUUUUAA